UGGUCACCUUGGUCAAUGGUUCAUUGCCCCUCAUUGCAGAGCGGUACGAGAGGAUCGCAUGCCUGGAGGAAGAAACACAGGAUUGUCAUAUAAGCAGUGCAAACCAAAGAACUAUGACAAGCUACGCAAGAAGUUCCAGCUGAUGGCACAGCAGAAGGCGCAGCUGAACCGGAAGACGAGGGCUGAAAAGCAGGCCCUGAAAGCGGCAAGGGAGGCCAUGAAAGCAGAGAGAGAGUCCAAGGGUCUGAAAGGAUCUGGAGGAAGUUCUGGAGGUGGGGGAAACAACGGGGGUGUGUCCGGGAAGCAGGGUGGUGGAGGAGAGGUACGUACUCUCAAGCCUCAGACUGCGCAGCUAAUUGAGGUCCUCCAACAAACAGAGUCUGCCGUUCUCAAGGUUGCAGAAAAGGAAGGUGUCAAUCUCAAAGAACACAGAUACUCUGACCUCCCUGCCAGCAUGGAGCUUGAUGAUUUCCGUCGUCUUCAGUGCCGUCUCGGAGAAGAACUGGUGUUCCAUCUUGUCCAAUGGGUAAAGCACCUGCCUUUCUUCACCCAACUCUCAGCUGUAGAGCACACCCAUCUUCUCAAGACCAAGUGGUUGGACUUGAUGCUCCUAUGUACCAUCAGCCGGGCAAUGCACUUCAAGCAGCCACUGGUGAACAGCAGUGCGUCCAACAGCGGGAGCAUGAAUGGUAAAACCGGUGGCAGCGGUGGGAUGGAUGUCGGGCUGAGCUUCGAGCAGUGCGCCCACAAGAAUCUACUCCUCCUGCAGGAAUGCAUGAACAAAACGCUUGACCUGAGGCUUGAUAUGGAUGUCUUCAGGGAUGAGAUGGGCGAGGUUGUAGAGAAGGUUACCAAACUUGCGGCUUCUUUCAGGACACUAGGGGUCACUAGGAAUGAGUAUCUCCUACUCAAGGUCAUCCUGUUUCUUGAUCAAGGAAAGCCAGUCAAUGAACAGAUCCGAUCAGUCCAGGAGCCCUACCUCCUGGCAUUACGAGACUUCAUGGAAGCCAACAACCAACCCGGACGCUUCGAUGACUUCCUCUCGCAGCUCCCUGAGCUCCAUGCGUGCUCCAAGCUCCUCCUCCACAGCAAGCUCCUCUACAUGCCGUAUCUGUUGAAUGCUAUCGCUGGAGUCGGUCCCAACGGAGCUACCCCAUCGGCCCUUUCUCCAACGUCAUAGCAACCGAAGAGACUCUCAAGAACUGUGAAAUCUGUUGCCUACUGGAACCAGGUGAUCCCUGUACAAAGUCUCCAGGAAUUGCAGGAUUCGGUAGUUAAUUGGUUAAGAGCAUAAAUAGGGAUCUCCUGCGAACUUGGCCCCUGCUUACCGAACAACUCCUUGUGUUAUUUACCUCCAGUCCUCGACCUCCCACCUGAAACUGGAUAUUGUUUUGUUGCCAUAGAAACUAUUAAGCAUCUCGUUAUGUAUGAUGUCAGCAUUCAAUGGCAACAUGUUCAGACUACUGGUUAGAUAACUGGAGUGUUGUUGGCAUACCUCAUAUUGCCACGCCCAUCUACAGGCCCCCCUCUGAUCCUUCAUGUAGCCCACCAGGUGCAAUCACGGGGGUCAUUGCCCUAAUGAUGUACCCACCACACCCUCCACCAGCCCCCCAUACCAGGCAUUUAGCACCGAUCUGUACCCCAUUCUCUACCUCCAGCGUGCUAGUUCAAGGGGUAUUGGUAGCAACGGGUUGCGUAAGCAAUGUAAUACAGGGUAGCGGGGGAUGGUGGGUGGAGGAAAGGUCAAUGGUCAUUGCGUAACUCGUAAAAAUAUUACAAAGAGAAAUCAUAUCCCAGAACUCUCAAUCCCAUUGAAGCAUAUGUAGAUAGAGAUCCUAUAAUAAUUGUCAGUACUGUUUUAUAUAUAAUAUGAUAGAUGAAUCCUCCAGAGAAUUAAGUGUUUUUCAGCUAUUCUCAGCUUGAAAUGUCAAGUGAUAAUAAGUAGUAAUGCUUUUCUCAAGAUUCCUCACUGAGAAAUAGAAUAUAGCUUAUUUAUUAAAUGUGAUUCAAAUAAUGAGGGAAUUUUUCUUCUUCCAUGUUUUCUUUGUAAGAAUUUCAUGGGGACUUUCCUUCAUGAAACAUAUUCUUUAUAUUCAAAAUGUGAAGAGUAAAAAAAAUGGAGAAAUGCAGUAAAAAGUAAAUAAAGGUGCAAUCCAGUGAUAUCUUGUGUUGUCAAACAACAAUUCUAUUUAUGAUUCGUGCUUGUUGAUAAAUAUUUUGUUUAUGUCUUAUUUGUUUUUAUUAUACUAUGUUGUUCAUGAUAUGUGCUCAAUUUGGCUUCAGGCUCUCGACAGCGAUGGUCCUUUAAUGUUCUAUCUUAGGGACUUAUGUGUCUGUGUUUUGCCCCAUGCUUAUGAUGCGUAUCCACUAAAAGAUUCCAUCCUUUUUUAACCAUUUAUUGUUAUCUAGAAAUUCUGGUGCAUUACAUAAUAUUUCAGUGUAAUCCUCCUUCCCACCUUGUAAAAAUAUAUUUUCGCUAUUUUGACAUCAGAAGAGUUACAUAGAGGUAUUGGUUCUAAAGAAAAUGAAUAAUCUGGUUUGUUUAAAGUCUUCUCUCCCUUUCAAACAGUUGGUAAAAAUUGACACUUGUCUAAUUAAAGUUUUAUGGCAAUCUCUGUGUAAUCAUCCAAGAAAGUUUGGCAUUAGAGAAAGUCAAAUCUUUUGGGGACCACAGCUGUUUAACUCAGGUGAAAUUUGACUGAGAAGAGAUACAUGUAUAAACAAUGCAUUUGUAUAAUAUGAUCUAAGAAGUUGGUUUGACCGAGGCGAAUAUUUGACUAUCAUUGUUGACUCUUGCAAGUGAACCCUAUCUUGCUAUUUACAUCAUAGUGAGAAAAAAAAACUUUCUUCAUCAGAUUAAAUUACAGCAUAUAAUUCCUUUUAAUCUCCUAGAAUAGAGGGUCUGCACCAUAAUGAUUUUGAUUUUUGUCUUGUGAAUGUGUGUGUCAGUCUUAUGUUAGAAUAUAAGCACUUGAUCAUUGAAACUAGAUGAGAGCUGGUCUCUCUGAUAUAUCACCAAAGUUGAGCAACGCAAGGUCCAUCAGCACAUCAGUAUAUUUUCAUGUUUGCAACUGCUGUGCGUUGUCAAUGGAACAAUUUUGUGGUAUAUAUUGAUGAACUCAUUCAAAUAAUUGCUGUUGUAGUAGGCCCUAUAUAUUUUCCUGAUGGUCAGUUGACUGUAAUAUGUUGUGCAUAUAGAUUUGUUUCCUUCCUCUUAUUAAUGAAUUCACUAAAUGGGAUCCCCAUAAUUGAGAUGGCUAGGUGUCUGCAAUUCUCUGAAGUGUAACACUGAUUGAUUUUUCAGUAGUACUAAAAUUGAUUUUUGUUCAAAGAGAUAAAAAUCAUACUUUUGAAAAGCGAGGCAAAAUUCAGUAAAAAGGGAUUAUUAUCAGAAUUUUAUUAUGAUAUUUGAAUUUAAAUUUAAUAUGAAAAUCUUAUAGCUUCCCAUUCCCAAAUUGUGCUCUUGAUAAUAUUUCAAGUAUUUAUUCGGAAAUGUAAUAACAAUAAAAUAUGAAAGAAAUAAAAUUCAAUGAAACAAAAAUCAUUGUAAAAACAUAUCAGAAGAAUACUGGCUGCCUGGGAGGGAAUGAGAGAGAGAGAAAACUUGAUCGAUAUUCUAAACCCAGAUAUUCCCCUAUCUCAUGUGUAUUUUAUCGUUUUCUUAAAAGAAAAUAUGUUGAAACUAUUCUUUUACGUGUUUUUUUUCAAACAUAUUCACUUUGUUGCAAUAUAAGAACCGCUUCCAACAAUAAAACCAUGGAAGAAGUUUGACUAUAAAAACCAAGGAACAAGGGAAUGAGAAAUACAUCAUAAACUAGCAUCCGUCCUCAUGUUUGUUAUCCCCAGGAAAUUGACUUUGGGAAGUUGAAAGUAUCUUAGCACUACCUGUGAUCCUUUAUGAUUAAAUCCGUAGGAAUAUGACUUGCAUCUUUAGACAUGUUCUUAUUAAACUAUGGUUGCAACGUGAAAUCUAAGCAUUACUUUUUUGGGGAAAAUGCACAAAAGUGCUUUAGCAAUAUGCAGGAAGUAUAUUGUGUGAUAUGAAUUCUGUGUUUAUUUGGUAAUUUGCAUUGAAUCUCAUUAUCUUAGAGAUCUGGGAUGUGAUGACUGUACAAGCUGUUUUAUGUUUUUGUGUCAAAAGGGGGCUUUUUUACACCCAUCCGAACACAAAUAUUACCUGGUAUUCUUCUGAAUGGGAAUCCUGCCCAGAUCAGAAAAUACCAGAUUAAUUUACCUGUGUGAAAGCAAAGUAAGCCAAUUUCCAUGCAAGAAAAUAUUGUGAGAGAAUAGAUGCUUUUCAAUAUACUUGAAUGCACAGAUUUCUUAAUGUUUGUCGCUUGCGAUGAUAUUUGAGGUUUGAAAGCAAAUUGAAAGAGCAUGAGUCUUUUUGGAGCUUAAUAGAUGAGAACUUCAGCUUAUUCAAGUGGGCGUGAAAGCAGAAAAAAAAGAAUUUCUGGGAAAAAAAAAAAUUUCUGGGGGGGAGUUGAGUCUUGACUUACUUCUUGUAAUUAACUGGUAUUUUUUGUGUUCGUAUGAGUGUAAUAGCUCCAAGUGGAACAAAGUUUGUGUCGAAAAAAAAUGACUGAUCGUUCGUUAAGAGAAAGAAAACCCACCGUAACUCGGAGUAUUAAAUAUCCAAAGAGAGUUUUGUAAAUGCAGAAAUUUUAUUGUACAGAAUGUUCAUGCAGAGCCCUAAUAAUACAAGUGCUUUAAAUGAUUAAAUGUUCAAUAUUUGUUUGUCCUCAUGUUUUAUUUGUUUGUUUGGGGGUUUUUUUAUGUUUUUUUUUUAUUGUUUGUUCAUUUGAGAAACAUUUUAUUUUCUCACAUGACCUUUCCUUUGCAUUACUUGGAAUUAAUUUACCCCCAAAGGUUUCAAACUUUACCUCAGUUUUAAUUUCUUCAUCUUCACAAUUUAUUUACUUUUUAAAAAAUGAUUUAUUUAAAAGAUAGAAAAAGAUAACUUCUGUUUCCUGUUUUAUCUCUGUUUGUGCAAAUCAAUUUUUUUUUUUCGAAUAUAGUGUGCUCUAUACAGAUUUCUCCAUUUUGUAUUCAAUUCAUGUAAGAGCAUGUAACAAUAUAUACGUAUGACUCUUUGAAAUGUUCGAAUACGAGAAAAAUUACUCUAAUGAUAUUCAUAUUGUUAUAAAGUUAUGUCAUACUCGAGCAUCUCGGUAUGAAAAUACACGUGGAUGGACUAAAUAAAAUGUUUAUAUGAAUGUUCGGAUUGGAUACAAAUGUAUUGUACAGCAAGUUUGUAUAUACAUAUAUCUAUGUAAUAUGUAUAUAUAUGAAAACUUCUAUGUCGCAAGAUUAUGUCUCUGUCUUUAAUCAUGGUCUAGGCCUCAAAAAGAGAAACUCUUUUACACAAAUUGUAACUUGUUAAUGUGAUUGGGUUAAAUUGAGCGGUUAUCAAGGGCAUGCAGAUCAGUGUAAAAUGUUGGAGUCUCAAAAAAAUUUGCCAUCACCACUAAGCUACGAAUAUAUAUAUAUUUUUUUUCAAAGUUAAUUAUUUGUAAUCGCAGUGUGCAAUUAAUCAGAGCAGAUAGCUUCAAAUCUUCAUUAAUCUUGACUAGAUACAUGUGCAUACAGAUGAACAAAAGUUGUAAAGCAUAUGAAUCUAGACUGAAACCCCUCUUGUACAUUAAAAAUUGCUGACACAGAUUUACACACACGUUGGCAUGAGUAUUGUAUUAACUUAGGGGGUGGAGACCCAUCAGCCCAACAAAAUGCCAUGCCUCUAAGCAAUAUUGCUCAUUUACUUCCAGAAUCAUUUAUCACACCUUUUUAUUCAUACAUACAAAACGUUCGGUUGUAAUUUUCUUGGAAUGUGGUAGAAUUAUUUUAUGAUUGUUGCUACUUGUAAUUGGAAUCGUUUAAUUCAUUUGGUUUUGACAGUCCAAUUCUUCCUCCUGUUAUUAAAAGAAAUUAUUGACUUUUUCCCAUGAUGUUUCAUGAUGAAUAUUCAACUUGGAAGCUUUUUCUGACGGGAAUAUACCGUUUUCUUAAUUUGUUUAUGUUUAAACCAUAAGUCUAUGAAAACAUUAGCCCAUAUUCUGAACCUGGGCGGAGGCUUACGGUACAUUUGUCAAAUAUCAGGCAAAUUUCUAACAGUAAAUGUCGAAUUCAUCAGCAUAUUUGGCAUUUGAAUUAUUUAAAAUUGUCUGGACAUGAUAGCUAUGAAAAUUUACUGGUAUAAAUAGAAAGAAAUUAACCCAGUUAUUCUUCUUAGUUCAGAGUGUUAACAAAAGUUUUGGCAAUUUGACUACCUGUAAUUUACCACAGAAUUUAAUCGACUUGUAGCCAAGUUGAGAAUAUAGGCCAUAUGAUUUUAUAUAGAGUUAUUAUCAUCUGAAGCUUAAGAGAUUAAGAGAAUAUAACAAUUUUCCACCAAAAUUGUAUUAAUUGGUGAGGGUUACACAGCAUUAUAUUCAGUUUGCCCUGUCAGUUUCCUUGAGGAAAUCUGACAAACUUUGUGAUAAAUGUAAUGGAGACAAUCAGACCUCGUAUUCUGUAAAGUGUACAGUUUUUGUCUGGAAAAAAAUACAUUAUAUAUUUCUUGUCACAAUACAGUACAAUGAAUGUGUUUAUGAAGAUUUAUAUGUCUUUUUUUUCUCAAGUGAUUUAUUUUCAGUCGAUGUAUACUAGUGUCAGAGUUUAAUGUACAAAGAUGUAGAAAGUCUUCAAUUCAUUAAGUUAUUAUUUAUUUUGAUCUAGUGGGAUUCGAAGCAAUUUGAGGUAUUUACAUAUAUCAGUCUCAUGUCUUAGACCUUGUUCAAGAAAAUUUAUUUCGUUGGGUCUAAACCGUUUGGUUUUACUCAUUUCAUUUUUGAAUUGUUCGUCAUUCCAAAAUUCUAUAUUUCUUAUGAAUAUGUUUAAUAGAGUGAAACAAAUUUGUUUUCAGUGUUUAGAUCAGGAUUGUUUACUUCGUCAGGGGGUUUUGUCAGGUUUUCCUGACAUUGUCUUGAUGAUGAGAAAUUAUUCAGAAAAGAAGCAAAUUUGAAGGAAUGAAAAGAGUGUUUGUAAAUUGAAAAUGGUGUGCGUAAAAAAUUAAAUUGUAUUGUGUGUUCAUUGAAACAAA